AUGUCUGGAAGUGAGUCGAAAGUCCCUGGUCUGGUUGGGCUGCAGACGGCCGCAAGCACGGCAGCUCAGCCGCAGCUGUGGACCCUGGCUCCACCUCGACGAUUAAGAGGGCAAGAGAAGAAGAGGAAGAGGAAGAGGAAGAAGAGGAAGAAGAGGAAGAAGAGGAAGAAGAGGAAGAAGAGGAAGAAGAACAAGAACAAGAACAAGAACAAGAAGAAGAAGGGAAUAAAAGAUGCUGUGCCAGUCCUCACUCACCUCCUUCGAUCGACAAUGACUACGACAUACGACGAGUAUGGCGUUCCCGUGGGCGCAUACUCGGAACCAGAGAGCUUGACCACGCAGGCGUGGAGGCUCGCACGGGCGCUGUUCAGGUACCGAAUUCGGCCGACUGCGCAGAGCAGGCUUGGUGGGUUCAAGAGGGGGCAGGGGAGCUUCAAAAGACUGGCCACGCUGGCCAAUGCACUGGUCGUGCUCUGGUGGCUGGUCUUGUGUUGGGGCGAGAGGGGUGUCUUCAAUCGCGCGAUUGGGAAUUGCCACUGGGAUCGGUGGGAGAACUGGGAAGAGGGCGCAAAUCCCCAUAGGCUCAUCUUCAUCGCCGACCCACAACUCAUAGAUCCGCAUACCUACCCCGACCGCCCAUGGUAUCUGAACUCGCUCGCAUACAAAUACACCGAUCUCUACCUUCGCCGCACCUUCUCUCGCUUCCAGACCAUUCUUUACCCCGACACCAUAUUCUUCCUCGGCGACUUGUUCGACGGUGGGCGCGAAUGGUCCACACGUACCACCACAUCCCCAGAGAAGCAAUACCGCAAGUACGGUGAUGACUACUGGAUCAACGAAUACCGCCGCUUUGGCGACAUCUUCUUCGAGCACUGGGGGGACGCCGGUAUGGCCCCACGCCCUGGUCAGCCUGGACGAAAGAUCAUUAGCAGCCUGCCUGGAAACCACGACCUAGGCUUCGCACGCGGCGUGCAAGUCGCUGUUCGAGACCGCUUCAACGCCUACUUUGGCGAGGGCAACCGCAUCGAUAUUAUCGCAAACCACACCUUCCUGUCCGUCGACAGUGUAUCCCUCUCCGCACUCGACCAGGAUAAACCCGAGGAAGUCGAAGCCCUCUGGCGCCCCGCAAAAUCCUUCCUCGAAACCGCAAAGGCACAGAAACACCGCCUGGUACAGCGUGAACUUCGUGCACAGCAGGGUCUACCUCCCUAUCCAGGAAUGCAACACAGCAUGAUCCCUCUGCAGGACUUUGCGCGCUCGGAAAUCCCCCAUGCGAAUGCAGACCACGUAUCCGACUUUCCGUCUAUCCUCCUGACCCACGUGCCCUUGUAUCGGCCUCCAGGUACGCCAUGCGGUCCCCUCCGCGAACACUGGCCCCCUACGCCCCCACCACCAGGCCAACCGCCGUUCGAAGUCGACGACCGCAACGCAAUCUCCGUGCGCGGAGGGUACCAGUAUCAAAACGUGCUCUCGCGCGAACUUAGCUCAUCCAUUACCGAGAAGAUUGGAGACAUUAGCUAUGCGUUUAGCGGCGACGACCACGAUUACUGCGAGGUGCUGCACAGGGGAUACGCCUCUGCGGGUGGCGGCAUCCGGGAGAUCACAGUCAAGAGCCUGAGCUGGGCCAUGGGCAUCAGAAAACCGGGCAUCGUCAUGCUCAGUCUAUGGAACCCAGUGGAUGAAAAUGGCGUAUCCAAGUCCAAGUCCAAGACGGUACAGAUGAAAUUAUGUCUACUCCCCGAUCAAAUCGGCACCUUUAUAACCUAUGGUGUCUUCUUCGGCAUCACCCUCAGUCUGCUGCUCCUCCGCGCCGCCCUCAUCGCACGCGGCUUCCUCCCGUCCUCCGAGGCACACACGGGAGACUCGACCCCCCUCCUCCCCCUCACCACUGCACCGUCCACAAACGACGUCGCACGCGACAAGGAAAAGGGUAAGGAAAGGGAAAGAGAUGAAUUCUUUCAAUACCGUCACUCGGAUAACACUCCCCCACCUCACUCUUCAAACUCGUCCUCCUCGGAUCGCGUUACUGCGGUCUUGCAGUCUCGCGCUCGCUCUACUACUACUACUACUACUACUUCUGCAUCUGCAUCUGCUCAUACCCCUGCCUCUGCAUCUUCCCACAGACUCCCCCAUCCUCCAAACUCUCACACAGAACCACCAGCACACGCACAGAAACCUUACCCCCUCAUCCACCACGCAGGCUUCUAUCCUACCUCCGACCCCUCUUCUGCGUCCUCCAACCCACAACCCCGCACCAUAAUCUCCGCCGACAAGCAUCGUCUGCGCAAGAGGCGGCGUAUAGGUUCCAGGCUGUUUUGGUAUGAACUUCGCACUAGUUUGGGGUGGGUUGUGGGGUGGGGUGGAUUGGGGUAUGGGUGGUUGGUUUGGAGGGGGUGA